AUGGAGUCUAUGGAGCCCAAACGCAGUAUUCUGCUACCUAGCAAAGCGGACAACGGGGGCGGUGGUGAAAACAUACGGAUUUUGGAAAGUGAAGUCCCAAGUAGGGGCGAAAGAGGACGUACCAGAGAGAAGAGGGGCACAGUAUCAAGCGGAACAUCCCGAACAAGAUCUAGGACGGCCAGCAGGCUACGUGGUGGAAUGCAAGAGUAUUUGAAAUGGACGGUAUUAAACCACGACCCAUCGGAAAGACUUUCUGUAGGAAGUGGAUAUGGUGAAUCAAACUCAAGCGACGAGGAAGGAGACGUGAGCGAUGAAGAACAAGUGAGCGAUGUAGAAAACGAGCUCGAUAUCGAUGCAGCCUUAGGGUACGACUUGGGCGCUCGAGUGCUUCCGAAUUUCGUAUCCAGUCUGUGGGAGGUUCUGCAGGCAGAAAAACCGUGGAUCGCGAAGUAUCAUGCUGAAAUCGAGAGUAAAAGCGAACCGGUCCAAGUUGACGAUUUGGCAAAUGGCUACGCCAGAGCCAUUCAAGUGAUGCAUGGGCCCAAAACCAGCAAGGGCGGGGAUUCUGAAAAAGCAGGUUCGACAAAGGGCUCGUCCUACGUGCUAUACCUGGAUCUUACCACUGAGUCAUUCUACGCUUUGCUGUACGUUUUCGGAGCCGUUUUAAACUCCAACGACACACUCUACGUGCUACACGUCUCGCCAAAGGUACCGCACGAGGGACUGCAGUCAAAUGUGAGUCGACUCAAAGCCCAAGUAGCGUAUCUACUCGACGCUUCAGCGGCGAUAUUAGACUCCAUAAGCAUCGUGGUCGUUUCUGUUUCACACCCUUAUCCAAAACAUCUGCUGAAUGAGACUGUGUUGGCUGUGCAGCCGAUGGCACUGUGUGUACCGCUGUCGCUGCUGUUGUCAUCGCUUCAAAAUUACGUAUGCCCCAUUCCGACUGUUGUGAUACGCCGGAAACUAAAACGGUCGAAAAAAAAGGGCUUUAGCGAGUAG